AUGAAAUAUUGCUUCGUAAUUGGACAAUGGUUGGGUCUCUUUCCUAUUACGAAUAUAACAGGAAGAGAUGUGCAGAAUAGAAAAGGCGUUAGUCUUGGUAGUUCUAAUGAUUUUAAGUGCCUUCAUCAACAAGCUGGAUACCGUUACGAAGAUCUUACAUAUAACUUGAUUUCUGGAGUUAUUAUCAUUUUUCGCUCCUUUCUGGUUUUACUUGUAGCUUCAAAUAUCCAUUCCACGUCUCUCGUUGUAGCUCCCUCACUUUAUGAUGUUCCGUCAUCGUCAUUUUGUACCGAGGUUCAAAGAUUUAUUGAGCAAAUCCACGGUACUACGGUCGCAUUGUCAGGUCUGAAAUUUUUCUACGUUACUAAAGAGUUGCUACUUUCAAUCUUUGGAACAAUCGUGACAUACGAAGUAGUUUUGCUGAAUUUUCGCAGAGAAAAGAAAAUUGAAUAAGCUAUCUGCAUAAAAUUAUUUACUUAGCUUUGUUUUAUUGUAUUUAUAAUGAUUGAAAGAUUUCUUACACAUGUCAUGUGUAUGUAGCUUGUGUGUCAAUGUAUGUCAAGUGAUGGUAGCUUGUGUACACACAUUUAGUGUCAGAUUUGCGAUUCAGCCAUAACAUCCUAUUGCUGGGAUUAGUUUCAUUUUUUCUCCAUGUAAGAAAAGAUUCGGAACUUAAUCCACCACGCUGCUCCACGGCGAGUUGCCGAUGUUACAUAUUGGAGCUGUUAAAAUGCACUGUUUUCAAAUUAAAUUCACGUUAAACUUAUGACUUAUAUUUGUCUUAUUAUUAUACUAAGAAGAUUAUCUAUAUAAGUAUACAUGUGUUAAUUCUCUACAAUAAAUGUUUAAACAUUAUUA